UUUAUUUAUUUAUUUAUUUAUUUAUUUAUUAUUUUUUUUUUUCCAUUCUCCGACUUGCAAUUCCCCACAAGGCUCUCAUCUCACACUCGGAGCCUCAAAUCUGUUUCUUGCAUCGUUCAAGAAUGGUCUACAUGACAAUGUCCAACCAGUGGCAGCACGUUUUAUCAAAUCAGAAACCACCAAUGCAGGUUCAUGCCGCUGUUAUCUCUCAUCCAAUUGGAUCAUCAGGAUUGAUAUGGUCUCGACCUGGUUUUGCAAGGAAGCUUAGAUAGAGCUGGGUUUUGUCUCGAACAAGAUCUGGAACAUAUUUACUCCCUCCAAGAGGGGCGAAAUCCUCGCUGAGCUUAUUAAUGGCCUCAAAGUGACUUUGGGCUUGUUCCAAGGAUUCCCAUUUGGUGUCUGAUCGCAACCUAAAUAACCUAACCCACCCGGAUAUGUUCUUGUUGCAAGGAAGGACGCCAUCUGCUUUUCCUUUUGUAUUUUAUUCAACAUUGCUUUUCAUAUAACUAGUUACUAGUUAACUCUUCUGCUCCAUUGCUCUUGGAUGACUGAUUGACUGAAGCAGUGUGUCGCACUUGACUGUUGUUUCUGCACCUCUUCGGAACCUUAUUUACUUCCCCACCAGCUUCAUUCAUAUAUAAGUAGCCGCCAACCAACCUCUUCCACCGACAGUUUCUACAGCAUCUCUUUUCUUCGGCUUUCUAAUUUCUAUAUUCUCCAAAUUGUCGGGAAUAUUCACUCGAGCUAUUUUUAUUUCAAGAUACGCAGUAGAUCUGAGCGUUCUCUAGAGAACUUCUCAGAUCAUCUAAUUCGAACAGCAGUUCCUUUUGCUCUUAACUCCUAAGUAAUGGCUAGCCCAACGCGUGAACGUCGUCCGUCAGUCGGAGCCCCAAUAUCAGAUCUUCAGGGGCCCGUUGGACCUGGAUUUAGCCGCCCUAAGCAUAAACGCACAUAUACCGGGUUGGGACCUCAGGACAUCAAGAAAGUAGAAGCUAGUAUCCCGGAGCCACUGCGAGAAGCCUGGCGCAAGUUUUCUGCGAAAGAAUUCGAGACGAAAGAUGAAUUUGGGAAAGAAGUUGUUCGCCAUGUCGAGACCACUCUUGCUCGGUCUCUCUUCAACUGCGAUGAAUUGGCGGCAUACUCUGGCACCGCAUUGGCAUUUCGAGACCGACUUGUCAUUGAAUGGAAUAAAACCCAACAGCGACAGACCUUUGCAGACCAGAAGCGAGUUUACUAUCUUUCUCUCGAAUUUUUGAUGGGACGAGCUCUGGACAAUGCUAUGUUGAAUGUGGGAAUGAAGGAUGUUGCAAGAGAUGGGCUGAAAGACCUUGGUUUCCGAAUCGAAGAUGUUAUUAGCCAAGAGCAUGAUGCUGCUCUGGGAAAUGGCGGCUUGGGGCGACUUGCUGCCUGCUUUCUUGACAGCCUGGCGUCUCUUAACUAUCCUGCAUGGGGAUAUGGAUUGCGAUAUCGAUACGGCAUUUUUAAGCAAGAGAUAAUCAACGGAUAUCAGAUUGAAGUCCCAGAUUACUGGCUCGAUUUCAACCCAUGGGAGUUCCCACGCCACGAUGUCACCGUUGAUAUCCAGUUUUAUGGGUCGGUUAGGAAAUAUCAAGAUGAAAGAGGGAAGACUAUUCAUUCAUGGGAAGAUGGAGAGAUUGUUCGAGCGGUGGCUUAUGAUAUGCCCAUUCCUGGUUAUGCCACACCAACAACCAACAAUCUCCGUCUCUGGUCAAGCCAGGCCGCCAGUGGGGAGUUCGAUUUUCAAAAGUUCAACGCAGGCGAGUAUGAAAGCGCCGUGGCUGACCAACAGCGUGCGGAGAGCAUAUCAGCAGUGCUGUAUCCCAACGACAACCUCGAUCGUGGAAAGGAACUACGUUUGAAACAACAAUACUUUUGGUGCGCGGCUUCCCUCUACGAUAUUGUGAGGCGAUUCAAGAAGACCAAACGUGCAUGGUCAGAGUUUGCUGACUACGUCGCGAUCCAACUGAACGAUACGCAUCCCACUCUUGCAAUAGUGGAACUACAGCGUAUCUUCAUUGACCAGGAAGGGCUGGAAUGGGACGAGGCUUGGAAUAUCGUAUCCAGAACGUUCGGUUAUACGAAUCAUACGGUUUUGCCCGAAGCUUUGGAGAAAUGGUCUGUUCCUCUUAUCCAGAGCCUCCUUCCAAGACAUUUGCAAAUUAUCUACGAUAUAAAUUUGCAGUUUCUGCAGAUGGUGGAGAAAAAGUUUCCGAAAGAUCGUGACCUGUUAACUCGAGUUUCAAUAAUCGAAGAAUCUCAGCCAAAAAUGGUUUGUAUGGCCCAUUUGGCGAUUAUUGGCUCUCACAAAGUCAAUGGAGUGGCAGAGCUACACUCUGACCUUAUCAAGACGACGAUCUUCAAGGAUUUUGUUGAGAUAUAUGGCCCGGACAAAUUCACCAAUGUGACAAAUGGCAUCACCCCUAGAAGAUGGCUCCAUCAGGCUAAUCCUCGCCUCUCUAAUCUCAUUGCUUCGAGGCUAGGAGGUCACGACUUUUUGAAGGAUCUUACUUUACUCGACAAGCUUGAGGCAUACAUUGACGACGAAGAUUUCAAGGAGGAAUGGGCGGAUAUCAAACAUGCUAACAAAGUUCGGCUUGCGAACCAUAUCUUGGAUACCACUGGGGUUCUUGUUAACCCGAAAGCUCUUUUUGAUAUACAAGUCAAGCGGAUCCAUGAAUACAAGCGGCAACAAUUAAACAUAUUUGGGGUGAUACACAGGUAUCUUAAAAUAAAAGCAAUGAGUGCCAAAGAACGGGCAAAGCUUGUUCCUCGUGUCUCGAUUUUCGGAGGAAAGGCAGCACCAGGAUAUUGGAUGGCGAAAACAAUUAUCCACCUUAUUAACCAAGUUGGGUCAGUUGUCAACAACGAUCCGGAUGUUGGAGAUCUUUUGAAGGUCAUCUUUGUGGAAGACUAUAACGUUAGCAAGGCGGAAAUUAUAUGCCCUGCUUCGGAUAUCAGCGAGCAUAUUUCAACUGCUGGUACAGAGGCCAGUGGGACAAGCAACAUGAAAUUCGUCCUUAAUGGAGGCCUGAUAAUUGGCACAUGUGAUGGCGCAAAUAUCGAAAUAACCCGCGAGAUCGGCGAGCAGAAUAUCUUCCUUUUCGGUACCCUGGCUGAAGAUGUUGAUGAUCUGCGUCACAACCAUCUUUAUGAGAAGGAUAGCAUCACCAUAGAUAGCGAUUUGGCCGCCGUCUUCGACAGUAUCCGCUCGGGAACUUUUGGUGAUGCUAGCUCAUUUUCAGCCCUCAUUUCAGCAAUCACCGACCAUGGCGAUUACUAUCUGGUCUCAGACGAUUUCCAUUCUUAUAUCACGACGCAGGAUAUGGUGGAUGAGGCGUAUCGGGAUCGGGAUGGAUGGCUUGAGAAGUGCAUUUUGAGCGUGUCGAGGAUGGGGUUUUUCUCGUCUGAUAGGGUUAUUGCGGAGUAUGCGGAGACUAUUUGGAAUGUGGAACCGGUUGCCGUUGCGGAGUAGGGCGGCCGCUGGCGAUGUUUGGUUGGGGUUAAUUAGACGGUGGAGAGGGAAGAUGAACGUUUUUCCAAGGUGGUGUUGGAUAUUCACUCUUUGUCAUUCCAUUCUUAUUAUUGUCGAGCUUUGUCAUUUUGCAGAGUUUCUUGUCCGGUCUUCCUGACGAGGAAAUUGGCCUGAUAAUGCUUCGCAAAUGUGAUUUCGGAUUUAUUUUCACACAAGUAUUGUCUUAACGGGACUGUGGAUUAUAAUCAUAUAGGGUUUGUAAACCCGUAAAUUGCAAGUUCUCUCGAGUUUUAUACAAGACCACACUGCCUACUUGGCCAGCUUAUCAACUGCUUCAUGGUCAAUUCAUCUACCAGGCCUCCUACAUCCCGCCCAAUCACAUUCCUAUUGCUUAACACCGCCUCGUUCCUCUCUAGGUACAUACAAAUAGCCCGACCCUCCACCAUCGCACGGCUCCAGAACCACCAGGGUGCGUGCUCGCUCUCGUUUUCGUAAACAUACCCGUACCAGUAGGCCAGUAAUAGUAACGCUAGCGGAUCCUUGUGGUGCAGUAGGUUGCGGUAGGCGGGGUCUAUAUGCGUGAUGAAGGCGAUGAAG